AAGAAAAUAUCCUGGGUGAGCCCUCCACUGAGGUAAUACAAAGUAAAACAAAAGUAAAAUAAUACCUCGUGAGCUGGACAGUCAAAAAUUUUAAUCUUUAUUUUUAUUUAGAGGGAACAAUAAAAAAGAUGCAAUGCAACGCAGAGAAAAUUGCGAUUGUAAUUUUUUUUAAUGAGAAAAACCAACACGUUUUCAGGAAACUUUGAAAUCAGAUAUUUGUUCUUUAAAUAAUUAAUUUUUACCUACUUUCAACAUUCACGAGUUUCUGAUACCAUUUUAGUUUAAUAUUAAAUAAAGGAAAGUAUUGCAAAUUUCAAGCUCCGUUUGUUUAAAUAUACAAUUUUACAAGAAACGAGAUCUAAAGAAUUAUUAUGUAACGUAGUAAAAAUCAUAAUUUAUCACCAAUGCUUGUAUGGAGAGUAUACAAAACAACAUAUGUCGGUAAACGUGAAUUUGGAAAAAAUAUCGAAUUUGCCAUGGAUAACUUUCAUACUUUUGCUAAUCUGUUCCGCCAGAGCUUUUUCAAUGAAACCAUCAUCAGGCGAUUGGACGUGCAAUGCAAAUUUAAUACUUUCAAAUCGUACCUUAAGUGGUGGAAUUCAAGCCGGUCAAUUUAAAAAAGUUGGAGAAGUUCUAGGUAUGUCUGAAUGCAUAAAAUACUGUUGCGACGAUGAAAAAUGUAACGUAGCUUUAAUGGCUAAAAGUAACUGUUACUUAGUGAGCUGUAACAAUGAUGCGUUAUGUCAGCCAGUUCCGGCACAGUCAACAGAUUUUAGUCCUAGUCUUUCAUUUGUGCAGCAUAAGAAACAAAACCAAAAGAAGUUAGUUUUGCCUGAAUUACAUACUUUUUUAACUGAACCGGAAAGACCUUUAUCCAGAAUUCAUUCUCAAAAUAAUAUUAAUGAAAUUUUAUACCCUUUUGAUAAAAAGAAUGUUGACUAUAAUAAUAGACUUAAAGGGCUUUCAAUGAAUCAUGCUAUGAUGAUAUUAAAUGACACUAGUAAUCAAAAAGUGAUUGCUGAUGGAUGUUUUCAAUCUACUAUAUAUAGAUCAGUAUCUUUGCUUUACGGACCUAACUCUGGUGACUUUUUUGAUUAUGGCAAAAUAGGAGACAUGCGGCAGUGUGUCAACCUUUGUUGUAAAGAUAGACAAUGCAAUGUUGCUUUUAUGGUAGAUACAACAUGUUAUACAGUUUCGUGUUACACUUUAGAAAAGUGUGUCAUGGUUCCAGCAUCAAAAACAGCUAAAUUGACUUCUCAGCUUGCAUACGUUAUAAAAAAAACAGAUGUAAACAGACAGGAGAAGUUAAAAAUUUCAAAAGAACACGAGCGUUUUCUUAUUGAAAAGCGAAAAGAAACCGAGCAUCGUCAAAAAAUUAAGGAAAAAAAUUGGCAACUUCACAAAAACAAGGACGAAUAUUUUGGGUCUUUAAAUAAAAUAUCUUUAAUUGAAGAGUCUAAUGUACCGGAAGGUUUAACUAAAAAAUGCCGUCAUAACAAAGUAAUGACAAACCAUGCAAUGGUUGAAGGUCAAAAAGCAGGAGUUUAUACGUUUCGUGGUGUAACACCCGGUUUUAAUGCUUGCUUGGAUUUAUGCUGUGCAGAUUUAUUUUGUGAUGCAGCAUUUCUUUUGGGUAAAAGAUGCUAUUCAAUACAAUGCUAUAAAAAUAAACUAUGCACAAGUAAACAAGCAAAAUCCAAAUCCGUUCGAUCAAUGCUUGCUUUUCUUGAUAGGAAUGAUGAUGGUUUAGAUUCUAGUGAAAAAAGAACUGCAAUACCAAAAAUACUACCAACAGAUCGUCAAUACAAAGUUUACUUGAAUGUCACAAAUGAUGAAUAUAAAGUUGGAAUGAAAGAUACAGAGUCAUUAGAGUUUUUAAAUUUUGCUGAGAUUCUGCAUGGAAUGCUUACAGACUUAUAUGGUGAUGUUGAAGGAUUUAAAUUUGUAGAAGUCAUUGAUGUCAAGCCUCAACCGCUGAUAACUGAAUUUAAUUUGACGGUUGACCAAAAUACAAGUCCGAAGUUGUUACUGCAGAAAAUAGUCAGUGUUUUACGGAAGGGGGAACUUAAGUCUCUCAGUGAGCCAUUAUCUGAAAGGCUAUCUAUUGAUGUUCGGGGUUUUCAGUUUUUAAACCCAGAUGGAGAUAAUCUUGUAUGCCAACCAGAGUUUAAUUAUGAAGUGCAUUGGCCACUUGGAGUUUUUGAUACUUUUGUUAGCAUUCCUUGUCCAAGAAAAGCAAAUGGUUUAACAACACGCAGUUGCAGUUCUGGCAAAUCAGGUUCAGCAUUCUGGAAAAUACCUAACUUUAGUGAUUGUGUAACAGAUAAAUAUGAGUCGCUUUUAAAAGAGGUUCAACUUCUUUCGUCAACAUCUAUUCACACUCCAGAUUUGACAACAGCCUCCAUAAUUGAUAGGCUCCUUCAACAUACAGUAGAAGAUACUUAUGGUAGUAAACCUCCUACAUCAUUUGGUACUGUUUUGAAUUUGCAAAAAGAUGAUUCAACUAGUCUUGUUAGACCUAAGCAAAAAGUAAAUAAUGCAGAACCUGUUGCUAGUAAAGGAAGUAUUCCAGAAGAUCAAUUAAAAUCCUACUUGAAAAACAUGGGCUUGUCUGCUUUGCUUAGCAAGUCUAACAAAUUAGAUCUUUUAUCUUUAUACAAAAUGCUUUCUUCAGAAGUUAGCAGGGAUGACAAGGCUAAAGCACAAAAAACACAUGGUUCAAGUAGUAUUAAGUAUCCAAAUCCAAAAAUUGAAAAAGAAUUUUAUCCUGGUAUGUCUUUUGAAACUUUUCCAGGAGUAUCAGAUGCAAAAAAAUAUAAAGGUAUAUCUGAACAAUCAGAAAUGAUUGCUGGACAUCACAAGGUUAAUCCUCAAGAAAUUGUAAAUUCACAUAAGCAAGUUACAUUAUGGAGUCCUCCAAAGCCUAUUGGUGACAUCGGUGCUGAAUCUCCAUUCAUGCAUCCAGAAAAAAAAAAUCAGCCAUUAAAAGAAUCUAAUGAUAUUUAUAAACCUUCAUCUUCACCUCAUAACUUUUUUCAUCAUCCUGCUGUUAUUGAACGCAUUGACUAUGAACCAAAUAUAAACCUUAUACCUCCAAAAAAAAUUCAAAUCAAUGAUAACAGAGUACUUACGUCUGAAGAUUUGAUGAACCUUACACCAGAAGAGCUUCAUGAAACAAUAACUACAAUGCAAAAGAAUCAGUUAAAAAAUGUAAAAUAUUCUAAUGAAAAGCCUAUGAAAAAGUCUGAUAAUUUGAACAACCUCGCUUCUUAUUUUACAAACAACCAAAUGCAACCAAAUGGAAUACCGAUGUUUCAGAGUAGAAGAGAUGAACCCAGUUAUCCUCCUCUGGAUGAAAUAAAUGUCUCCAAUGUUUUUCAACAUAGUAUUAAAAAAAGACAUUCAAAAGACACUAAAUUUGAUCAUGUUUUAUCAUUAAUAAAAAGAAAAAUUAUAGAAAACACUGAACAUAAAAAUUAUUCCAAGUAUAACCAUCGUGUUAAACGAGAUAUUGAUUCUUUUGUGUUAGAGUCAUUAGGUGAGCCAGAAUUACCUGAUGGAAUGACUAAGCUUUAUGGAACAGCAACAUUGACAGAAAUACCACUUUCAAAGAAUAGUUAUGAUGAUUUUGGAGUUACCAGAAGUGAGUUUCCGAUCAUUGAUAAAUCUGUUGUCCAAAAGAAAGGUUCUAAAAAGUUAUACAAAUUGCCUUCAGCUAAGAAAAAUUUUACCAGUUAUAAAAAAACAAUUGAAAAACCAAUUAUUGUUGACCUCCCAACAGGUCAAAUUAUUAACAAUCAUGCAAAUAAGCCAUCACAUGAAAAUUUUCUUUCACUCGAAAAUAUGAGCAAUGAAAAAAAUAAAGAAAUCAAACUCAGUACUCUUCAAGUAAAUGAUAAUAAUAAAGUAACAAGUUCCAGCUCAGUUACUCUUCAACUUUCAAACCCAAACUCACUUUCUCCAGUAAACUCACUUUCUCCGGUUAAUUUUGAUAAUCAAAAAAAUAAUUUUUCUAUAAACUCUGUGAAACUAACUUCAUCAGUAAACAUAAAAUGUACCCAAGGGCAUAAAGAUUGUGCAGAAAACAGCUCUAGUUUCCCUGAAUCCAAAAUAAUAGAAGAAACACAAGUCAAUGAAUCUUUGCCAGUUUCUUCAGCAAAAGAACCCGAGCGUUUUACAACCCCAAAAACAACUUCAGCUGCUUUGAAACAAACAACAAAACAAUCUACUACCAUAAAAAUAACAACACCAAUGGUUCCUACAGCUGACCCUUACAAGCAAGAAAUAGAUGAAACUGACUUGCCUUCUAAUAUAAUUUUAACAACUCUGCAGCCAAUUGUAAACAUUUCAAAAGCUUUGAUUUCUAUAACUGCAUUAGAAACAAAGCACAAACCUGAGAUCACCAUUACUGUUUUAAAUAAAACUGAGAGUGAGCCUAUUAAACCAGUGGAAACACCAAAAAUUAACAAAGAAGAAAGUGAUUUAAUUUUUUCAUAUGAUAAAGAUGAUGGUGGAGACAGAGCUCCAAUGUUUGGAGGAGACAUUUUGAUGACCAUAAGUAUUGCUGAAGAGAUAUUAAAGUAUAUGCAAGAACAGUUUUAUCAGGCAACUCUUCAAGAAGUUGAGGAAUUUUUGCAAGCUGCCAGUGCUUUGAUUGAUGAAAAUAACGAAAAUGAAUGGAAAAAUGCAAUGAAAUUAAAAGAAGAAAAAGACAUUUUAAUGGGAUUUGUAAGUACAGUUGAAACAUAUGGGAAAAGAACUUCACAGGUUUUUGUGCAUUAUAAUGUGAAGCAGCCCAUUAUAACAAAAAAUAUAAUUUUGCAAGUUCGAGUUGUCCUUGUUGAAGAACUGAUGGAAAAAGCAAACAAUGCAGUUGUUUUUCCAGAGUAUCAAGAUGAAAGAUUAGCAAAGUGUUGUUCUGGAGUAGAAAAAAUAUCAUUACCUGCAUCUGUCAUUAUUGAUAGAUAUGAGCGAUCAAAGAGCAUCACAUUUGUGUUUUUCAAAGUGAAAAAUAUUGCAUUUUUGCAGCGUACAUCAAGAGAAAAUGAAGAUAGUGAAAUCUCAAAUGACAAAUCUAUCAAAGUUGCAUCACAGCUUCUUUCUCUAAGUCUAAGCCCACCUCUUGAAGAAGAAUUUAAAGAACCAGUGUCAAUAACUUUUGCAAAUGACGAUCUUUCUCAAGGUAACCUUCCACAUGAUUGUGCAUAUUGGAACUCAACUAGAAAUAGUUGGGAAGACAAUGGUUGUGAUGUUACUUUUACCAAUGCUUCUAUAACAACUUGUCAAUGUUAUCAUUUGACUACAUUUUCAGUACUUGUUGAUACCUCUCGUCAGGUUUCUACGACAACAGAAAUACCUGAAAUCAUAUCAGAAACUCCUCCUCCUGAAGUUCAAAUCAAUAAUGAAAAAUCAGAUGAGUUUGUAGAUAAAUUUAUACCAGUUCAUGUUGAAAGCUCAACCACUGCACCAACUACAACUACUGUUACAACAACAACAACACCUACAACAACAGCCACUGUAAAAACUACAACAACAAGUCAACCAUCGUUUGGAAGUCAAAAACAAACAGGAAAAAAUAAAAAUUGGCUCAUCAUUAUUUUGAUUAUUUUAAUAGCUUUGCUUCUUUUAAUUCUUUGCAUAUGUUGCAUAUGUAUUUGCUACAGAAGAAGGAAAAUUAAAAAGGAGGAGGAACCUGCAGUUGUUGAAGAAGAUCAGCACCAAAGUAGCGAAGGAACUCGGAGUCUUCUUGAUAAAGCUGAUGAAGACGAGGGGCCUAAGAAAGGAAUUGUUAAAUCUGGAAGCACGACGACAUCAAGAAGUUGCUCGUCUCCAGAUAUUGGAGAGAGUCCAGGGUGGAGGAAACUUAUGACCAAUGCUCAACACCCAAAACAGUUACUACUUAAGGAAAAAGCGAUUUUAUUUAAAGACUAUGUACAACCUUAUCAUUUUUUAUCAAAAACAAAUGAACGCCCUAACACUAGCGUAGAAUCAAUAUACGGUUCUACAGUUGGCUCCGCUGCUGCCAAAUCUGAUCAAUACUUAUCGCCUUCUCGACAAACUAAGCGAAUAUAUGAGCCGAAUACAAGUUUGUUGCAAAAUAAAAAGCAAUUAAAUUCAGCAAAAGAACGUUUUAACGAAUCUCCCAUAUCUUUGGAAAAUACCGAUAAAAAAACGCAAAACCAAGUACCUAAUUCUUUAGCUAAAAAAAGGGAUAUUGAAGAAAAUGUUGUACCUGCUAAUUUACCAGAUGCUCAUUCUAUGGAAUGGGAUCCAUAUUUAGACAAUAAACUUCAAAAAAGUAAAAGACGGAAAAAAAGACAUUUUUCUCCUAUAAAUGAGGAGAGAGAAGAGAGCAUGGAGCCAAAAACAAGUAUAGAUGCACAACUCGGUUCCGAUAACUCUCAGUAUUCAUCAUCAGACACUUCAUACCCAGACUCUGUAACAAGGAGUGAAGCAGAAUAUACUGAUAAUGACAUUUCUCCCCCAUCUAAUUCAGUUAAAAAAAAAACAGAACUAGUAUCUAGUCCAAAAACAUUGGAAAGAGGCGGCAGCGCCCAACUUCCACGAAAGUCUUAUAGUCUUCAAGAUAAGAAACUAAGUUCUCGUGAAUAGCGGAAAACCAAAGCCAACAGCGCGAAUCUGAAAAUUAGAUUAGUAGGUGACGAAAUUUUUUAUAUUUAUAACUGCUGACUUAACAAUUCAUAAAUAAUUUCAACACUUUUUUUUAGAACAGUAAAUAAGAUUUUUAAGGUAUGCUUUUCAAUUUCUGUAUAUUAAAAAAAAAUACUUAAGUAUAAAUUAAAAAAAAAAAACUAAGUAAUAAAAUUUUUAUCCUUUUCUUUGAAUCUCUAUUUUUGUUAUCAUUUUAAUUCUGUAAAAAUUGACUUUUUAUAUGUUUUACGUGUAUUAUAAGUGUUUUUUAGUAUCCUGUAGUUCAGGAAUUUGUACAUUUUAUACGACGAACCAUCGAUUGAUGCAAAAUAAAUUUGUAUAUUGCAACGCA